AUGCCUCUUGACAGGAUCAACGGUUAUACCCCCGAGGAAACGGCAACCCUCUUGACCAAGGCCGGGGUCUCGCGGGAGAAGCUUUCUUUCGACAAGCUGGUCCUCAAAUCCUUCCUGGGCGGCUGCUUCAUCAGUCUCGGCGCGCAUUGUGAUCUUAUUGUCGCGGCAGGGAGUCCAGGGCUCCGCGAUAGUAAUCCGAGUCUGGCGACCAUGAUCGCGGGCUUCACCUUUCCACUCGGGUUCGUGUUGAUCAUCCUCACCAAUUCCGAACUGUUCACGUCGUCGCUGUUCUUCAUGACCUACACGACGCUGCAGCGCAAGACGAGCAUCCUGGGCUCGCUCAAGGUGUUGGUGACGGGCUACAUCUUCAACUUCGCGGGCUGUCUCUUCAUCGCGGGCUUCCUGUGCUGGUGGUCUGACACGCUGUCGACCGAUCCCGAAAAGAGCUAUGCGGCCCUGCAGGCGGAACAGCGCGUCAAUCAGCAAUGGUCGGUGAACUUCCUCCGGGGCAUUGGCUGCAAUUGGUUUGUCGGGCUGGCAGCAUUUCUGGCCAUGGCCUCCGGCGAUCACGUCUCGAAGAUCUACUCCAUCUGGAUUCCGGUGUGGUCGUUCGUCAUCCUGGGCUACCAGCACUGCAUCGCCAACUACUACCUGAUCCCCAUCGGCAUGUUCUACGGGACCAAUUUCGGCGUGGGCAAGUUCAUCUAUCAGAGCAUCAUUCCCGUCACCAUUGGCAACAUUAUCGGGGGCUGCAUCCUCAGCGGUUUCGUCUUCUGGUUCCUGUACGGUCGUGAUGCGCCAGCGGACCAGAAUGAGAAUAAGGAAUUGGACAAGAAAGAUGCUCCUAAUGGUGAACAGGACCGGUCUUCGCGGGCCAUUCUGCCUGAACCGGUGCCAUACAACUCGUGA